CUAAGCUAUAUGAGAGGAUCUUUAACUAGCAAUCUAAGCAGCUCGAAAAUUACAGAAAACUGGAAAAAGUUAAGAAUGGGUAGAUUACUGUUACAUUCGUGCACUGAAAUUGCCAUUGCAGUGGGGGUGAGUUGCUUGCUGCUGGUGAUGAGUGUGGGUUCUGUUGCAGUACGAGUAUCCACUACCAGUAAAUGCAUUGAUGGGGAGAGACAAGCGCUCCUCAAGUUUAAGCACAACAUUCUUGAUGAGUACGAAUAUCUUAGCUCUUGGGGCAACCACGAUGAAAAUUGCUGCUGCGGUUGGGCUGGAGUUGGGUGUGAUAACCUCACUGGUCAUGUCAUCAAGCUUGAUCUUUCUGGUAUGGACCUGAGGGCGAAAGGUGGUAUGUAUAACACCCAGUGGCGGAUCCAGAAAUUGUGCUUAUUGGGGGCAUAAUAACAUACAAAGGAUGAAGAUAUGUUACAUUCCCAAUUGAUUCAACUUAAUUAUGUUAUAUGAAUAUAUGAUCUCCUAUAUAUACGUUUCAUUUAUCCCAUG